CUGUUCAUGGAGGUUCCAGGGUCUCCAACAUUUUUCCCGGCUGUGGUUCUAAAUCUGUCCAAAGCAGAGGCAGUGGAGCUUGAGGUUCUUGCUCGUGCAAAUGACUAAGUACAAACUGGUGGUGGUUGGAACUGGUGAUGUUGGGAAAAGCACACUGACAAUCCAGCUAAUCCAGAACCACUUUGUAGCUGAGUAUGAUCCCACCAUAGAGGAUUCUUACAGAAAACAGGUGGUUAUAGGUGGUGAAACUUGUCUGUUGGACAUACUGGAUACAGGUGGACAAGAAGAGUACAGUGCCAUGAGAGACCAAUACAUGAGGAUAGGAGAGGACUUUUUCUGUGUAUUUGCCAUCAAUAAUAGCGAGUCAUUUGUGGAUAUUAACCUCUAUAGGGAGCAGAUUAAGCAAGUAAAAGACCUGGAUGAUGUACCUAUGGGGCUAGUGGGAAACAAGUGUGAUUUGCCAACAAGGACAGUUGAUACAAAACAAGCCCAUGAACUGGCCAAGAGUAAUGGGAUUCCAUUCAUUGAAACCUCAGCCAAGACCAGACAGAGUGUUGAAGAUGCUUUUUACACACUGGUAAGAGAAAUAUGCCAGUACUGAAUGAAAAAUCACCAACAGCAGUGAUGAUGGGACUCAGGGUUGUAUGGGAUUGCCAUGUGUGGUGAUGUAAUAGGAUUCUUUUAAAGAAGAGUCACUUUCAAGCUGGACUGACACCCCGGUCCUGACUUCCCUGGAGGAGAAAUAUUCCUGUUGCUAUCUUCAGUCUCACAGAGAAGCUCCUGCUACUUCCCCAACUCUCAGUAGUUUAGUACAGUAUUCUCUAUUUGAGAAGUUAGAAUAACUGCCUCCCCACUUGGCUGUCUGACCAGAGAAAUACAUCUCUUGUUACUCCCUGUUAUUUUUCUGCCUUGGGUUCUUCCACAAUACAAACACACCUCUGGCACCCUAAGUUUUUCAUCUGAAAAGCAGUUCAUGAAGAAGAGAACUAAACUGCAGACGUGAAAUUCUAUUGAAAACAGUGUCUUGAGCUCUAAAGUAGCAACUGUUGGUGAUUUUUUUUUUUAACUGUUGAACUUAGAACUAUGCUAGUUUUUGGAGAAAUGUCAUAAAUUUGUCAAGAAUAUGGUUAUCAUUGCUGUUUGGUUUGUUUGUAAUGUUAUCGGUUGUAUUCUCUAAACUGGCAUCUGCUCUAGAUUCAUAAAUACAAAAAUGAAACUGAAUUUUGAGACUAUCCUA